GGGAGGGAAGGAGGGAAGGCGAAGCGAGAGCGCCUCUGCCCGCCUCCUCGGGGCUCCUCCUUCCCGGGGCCUCCCCGUCUCCCUCCACCCUGAACCCGGAGCUCCGGCGAACUCCGGAGCCGACGGAAGGCGUCUCGGAGAAGCGGCGGAGACGCGCGCGCCGGAGAAGCAGCAGGAUGGUGCUACCAGUGACCGAAUGGAUUUGGCGCCACGAAUACUGGCUCCCGCCCGGGAUCACCUGGGAGGACAUGAAGGAGACAGAAGAGAUCAGCUACCCUCAGCCCCGCCAUCUCUUGCUUAGCCUGCCCCUGGCGCUCUUGCUUGUGGUGAUCCGCUUCUUCUUCGAAAGGAUCGUCGCUGUGCCGCUGAGCAGAAAAAUGGGACUGAGGGAGAAAGUGCGAAGGAAAGCUCCUCCGAACCCUGUCCUGGAAGCUUUUUACACCACGCAAGGGAAAAGCCCCAAAGAGGGCGAACUCAUCGGUCUGGCCAAACAGUGCGACUUACAGCCCAGGCAGGUGGAGCGAUGGUUCCGAUAUCGCCGUAACCAGGACCGGCCCAGCUUGACCAAGAAGUUCUGCGAAGCCAGCUGGAGGUGCACGUUUUACUACACGUCCUUUUGCACCGGUUUGGCAGUCCUUCACGACAAACCCUGGUUCUGGGACCACCGCGAGUGUUGGGUCAGGUAUCCACAACAGCCUCUUCUCCCCUCCAUCUUCAGCUACUACAUGCUGGAACUCUCGUUCUAUUGCUCGCUGGUUUUCACGCUGCCUUUCGACAUCAAGCGAAAGGACUUCAGCGAGCAAAUUGUCCACCAUGCAGCCACGAUUUUCCUCAUCAGCUUCUCAUACUGUGCCAACUACAUCCGUAUUGGUACCCUCGUCAUGGUCAUCCACGAUGCGUCCGAUUGCUUCCUGGAGCCCACGAAGAUAUUCAACUAUCUGAAAUGGCGUCGUGUAUGUGACAUCCUUUUCCUCACUUUCUCUGCGGUUUUCCUUUUCACCCGCCUGGUUAUUUUCCCCUACAAGGUCAUCUACAACACGUAUUACUACUCAAUGGAACUGUACCAGCCUUUCUUCGGCUAUUACUUCAUGAAUGCCCUUCUGAUGAUUCUCCAACUUCUCCACAUCUUCUGGUCUUUCUUAAUUAUCCACAUGGUCUACAAGUUUGUCAAAAGUGGCACGAUGGAGAAGGAUCUCCGGAGCGACUCGGACGAAAGCGAGAAGGGCGACGACGAGGCAGGGCAAGUGAAGGAAGCCAAGAGGAAUGGCGCCAUCCACUCAGAGCCCAGCGGCAGCUGCAUCGGCAAGGAGCCCCCGCUGCAACUGAACGGCAGGAGCCCCGCCGCCAACGGAGACGCCAAAACCAGAUAACUCAAGCCUGGCGCCAUCGACUGCCCACCCCCUUAACCAACCCUGCCCCCGUGUCCAUACCAGCUUGAUCUUUCCUUCUUGUAGGCCCGCGAGGGCGCGAACAUAGCCUCCUAGCUGAAUCUCUGCUCCCUGCAGGAACAAGAAAACCAAACCAACAAAAGGACCGUGCUUCUUUUCGCAAUAUUAUCCUGUGGGCGGCGUCGGUCGCCGCGAGGUCUGGCGGGGAGGGGUGACGUUGGGUCGAAUGUAAAGGCAGCCUUCCCCCGUUCUAUUCAGCCGGUCCUGAGUACAGCUUGGCAAGGCUGCUGGGUGGGCGAGGGACCCGUUCGAAUCCCACCCAAUCGGUUGUUUUAGCUUCUUCAGCCAGCUGGACGGGUUAAAAAACAAGGGACCCCAGCUCCUGAAUCAAAAGGGGUGGGAUGGGGAGGCAAUGACGUCUUCGCAGAAGCUGGGCCGAGCCUCCGCCUCGAGGGGACGCGGCUAUGCGUCUUAAGGCGACGCGGGUACCGAGUCCUCGGUCUGCCUGGGUGUGUUUUUUUGCAGUGGGUUAUGGGGUUAGCCAAGAAGGAAGAGGCAAGUUGUUGGUGGGUCGCCGUUGGACGGGGAUGCUGUCGAAGGCCUGUGUUUUGAAGCCGCGCUCCAGGAGAGGGAGCGAGAAGGACACUGCUGUCUCUAUGGGGAGAAGAAACGAGACGAUGAGGGGAUGGUGUUGCUGUUGCUGUUGCUGUUGCUGCUGCUGCCGCUGCCGCUGCCGCUACUGCUUCUUGUGUGAGCGUCUUACGCCUGUGUUGAGCGGACCACUGGCUAAUCCCGAGGAAAAAGAGGACUUGACCUCUUCCUGAGCACGGGUUGCGGGGGGGGGGGAGCACAGGGAAGAGGUGGGGUCCCCAUUCCAGUGACCUAGACAGGGAGAGGGUGCACUAAAUUGCUGGAACCAAUAAAGUCAUUGCAGAUAAGAAAAGCAAAACAAAAAGCAAAAAACUA